UGGUGGCUGUUUACCUGUAAUAUGACAUGGAUUGUCUAGAUCUGGAACCAGGUAUAACGAUGAUCUAGGCACGGUACUUUUCAAAAAAAGAGAAUUCGAAAUGCUGGAAAAUCGGGUUUACGAUACUAUUGAUAACACAUAAGGUAAACAGAAGCUGAAAAGAAGACAACAUGAACUGGGUCCUACUUGCUUACACACUCUUUGGAUGUCUUGUCUACGCAGAUAUAAUAUGGGACAGUUGCAGCCAAGAGUGUUUAGAUUUCAUCAAAUCCAUAGAAAAGGAGGCCAGCUCUAUUAUUCGAACGCGAACAGCUGGAGUAUGGCGUAUAACGAUUACAAUGAAAUCUCGGAAAGCGUAUACCAAUAAAUGGAAAACUCUUCGUUUCCCUAGAAAGGAGAAUUACGUCGGCAAUUUGGAUAUUCGAUGGCCGAUCACAGCUUCACUUGGACAAAUCAUUAUGUUUGAUAUGAAGUAUAUGAAGCUUCAAGCUAGUACUGAUUGCCAGGCAGACAAUGUACAGCUCUUCAAUGGUGUCGACUACAACAGCUACAGUAACCGGAUGGAUAUCUUUUGCGGUAACGUUAUUGGUGCCGGCUUCUACAACUCCACUGAAUCGUCCACAUUGAUCAGGUUCAUCUCAAACGAUGACGUUGUUGUAGGAUACGGAUUCAAGAUCAGAUAUCGGGCGGUCGCACUUCCCGUAACCACAACAGCAACAACCACAGCAACAACGUCCACGACAACAACAACUCCUAAAACGACGAUAACAAUAACAACAACAAUCCCGACGUCGACAAAAUUACCGACAACAAUAUCGACGACAACAACAAAACCGACAACACAAAUGACAACUUCAUCGACGACAACCUCGACGACGACAACGGCAAAGACGACAACUAUUUUUAAAGACACGACAAAUGCCAAAACAACGACAACAAAUGUUGUGGUUACUUCGCCGACCACACUGUCGGACCCGGAAGACGAAGAUGACAGCAGCGAGGAAACUCAAAUUGAAUCCUCUGUGCUAACUGAAACUUCAUCACUGCUGACUAUCCCGUUUUGUUUCCAUCACUAUACGAACCAACAUAUUCUCACUGCAUCGAAACAAGUCCAGGUGUUCAAAUCACGUGGCUAUCCCUUGUCAUAUCCUAGUAACCUACAGGAGGAAUGGCUGAUCGUUAAACCCAAGGCCAACGAUUCCCUGGCUAUCGUAGUUGCUGACGUUGACACUGAGUAUAGCGCGAACUGUGGAUAUGACAGGGUGUCAAUAUAUGAUCGAAGCUGUCCUGACACAGCACCGAAAAGGGUCUUUUGCGGAAAAAUAACGCUAUCUGUGACACUCAAGGGAGAUCAGUUUGCGCUUGUCCGUUUUUCAGCAGAUACUACAAACCAUGGACGAGGGAUCAUGGUUAAAUAUUGGCUGAAUGACAAAACAGAUCUGGCAAAAGACGACAGUGUUUUAGAUGACACAAGCUUGAAAACUAUCAUCGUUGGGGUCAUAGUCGCUUUCGGCGGAUUCUGUGUAUCACUGGGUGUAAUUCGAUGGGUCAUGCGGUGUAGGGAGAGACGUAAACAAAAGGCGGGAAACGGCAGACGACACGCUAAUGAAGCGAACAACAGCCAAGAACCUUCCUCAAGGACAUCUCGGCGUCAAGGACACCGACAGUCCGGGAAUGGCGGAAAUACCACAGUCACAGUCUUGGAUGUUUCCCAUACAGGUCAGACACGAAGGAAUGGCCGAGGCGGUAGAAAUUCCCUGACGGAAUUCACAGGUAUCAUGGUUCAACCUCCGUCGUAUAACACACUGUUCGUCCCCGGCCAGGGGCAAUCCGAACUCAUCUUGAAGCCUCCAGCGUACGACUCUAAGUCGUACGAACCCCCGCCUUACCCCGGAAGCCCCGUCCCUCCGCCUCCGAUAGAGACGUCACAAAGAACAAACCGAUUGCUUCCAUCCGUGCAUGGAACAAGGGGAGGUAAUCGACGUAAUCAGCAAAGAACUUCUCAACAUACCACACGUAUCGCAGUGAAACCAGUUGAAGACAAUAGAGAAGAAUUACGUUCUCCACCACCGAGAUAUGAGGAAUGACCGGACAGGUUAUUGGUACUUCAAUUGAUAGAAAGACUCAAAUCGGUUAUGGAAAUUGAAUUGUUCGAAUAUCUCCGAAGUUCCUAUAAAUCAAUGAGUAAAUAUAAAAAUUUAGCAAUUUACCAUCGGAACAAGGCAAUGGGCUCAGGCAGAGAAUCUGAGUUUGAGCAUGAGAAUAUGUUCUCAUGAAUACGGUUCCAGGAGUAACUGAAGGGUGUGGUAAUUGCGUAUUCUUGAUACCUUUUUAUUGUACAGUGCGCAGUAGUAACUUUGUUUACAAAUGUAUAUAUUGAUUAAUGAGGGUUUACAUGCAUUGUAUGCACUUUUCUUAUUUUAAUUUUGAAAAAUUUGCAGGAGCUGCCUUAUCAGGCGCUAUAACUACUAGUCCUAUAUCUCUCUUGGCUAAGUUAUCCCUAUCUGCGUGUGUGCUGAAGAUGCAUUGUGUUUUUUGUAAUUAUUUACAAACAAAAAUCUAUCUAAUUUCCACCGAACAUUGACGAUUUUGGCAUAUAUCAAUAUAUAUAUAUAUACAAUUUGAAGAAAUCGUUUACAAAAAGGCAUGGACUUCCACAAUUUGAAGUAAAAUAGUGACAAAUUAACGUCAUUUUCCUUACGAUCACAGUGCAAAUGAGUGAAAGCGCUUAUGAAUAUGAUGUAAAUGAGAGAAAAUAACAGAAAAAUAUCAGUUCCUUACCUUUUUCUAUCAAAGUUAGCUUAAUUGAAAAGAUAUGAAACACAAAACUUAUAUCGAUUAAUGAUUCUCGACUGUAUACUGACAGCGGGAUUUUUAUAUUGAUUUCUUGUUCAACAUUUAUUUAUAUUUAUUUGUAUUUGAUCAUCGAUUUAAUAUCAAUGCAGUACGUUUCCGCUUUGUAACACUGACGUUGAAAUAUAAAAAUAUACCUAUAUGAAAUUUCAGUGGAAUGUCAUCGUAUUGGGAAAAUAUAUGAUUGGUACGUAACUGCAAAGUACAUAUCCAGUAAGUGUGGUCUAAAAUGCCAAGGGAUGGGCAGUCAGUUGUAUUUUGUUAGACGUGUGAUUAUAACUUCCAUGUGUUUAUCAUAGCAUUCCUAUGCUACAGUGAAAAAAAUAUUUGCUGAUGGGAUGAGUUGGGGUUGGUGUGGGGUAGGGGGGUUUGCCUUAUCAGUUUAUGUUAUAUUUAUUUCUAUAUAUAACUUCUUUUUACCUUGAUUUUUUAAAACCUUUCAGUUUGAUGUACACUUAAAUUUAACCUUAAACAAUAUAUAUUACCUCCUUAAUUAAUUGAACAGGAUAUAUAGAUUCACUAAACCGGAAAUUGUUUCUUUAAUAUCAGGGUGUAGAGAGUGAUUUAGUCUGGUAAUUGCUGUCUUGUGUAGUGAAAUAAGAACUCAAAUAAAGUCAUAAUAAAAGUUGAAUAAAUAUUGAUUCAAGACUCAAGGAUUCCUAUCCAACUGCAGGCAAAACACUGGAGAGUUCUAUUUUAGUUUUUUUCCUAAGUUGAGUGACCUCCACUUAAUUUUCUUAUGAAUAUAAUUGUUAUGUAAUUGUUAUGGAACUGUGCCAGAUAUUUACAGUUGAACAAUGUUGCACAUUUGGUUAGAACGAUUGUAUUGAUGAAUAGUUGAUACGGACACUUAAAUUUUACCUUAGGAAAUAUAGUACUUUCUUAAUUAAUUGAACAAGAUAUAUAGAUUCACUAAACCGGAAAUUGUUUUUUUAAUAUCAGGGUGUAGAGAGUGAUUUAGUCUGGUAGUUGCUGUCUUGUGUAGUGAAAUAAUAACAAUGGAAAAUUCUAUUUUAGGGUUUUUUCCUAAGUUGAGUGACCCCCGCUUAAUUAAUUUAUGUUUGCAUAUAAUUGUUAUGGAAAUGGGCCAGAUAAUUACAGCUAUACAAAGUAGCACAAUUUGAUGGAACGAUUGUAUUGCGACCGGAGAUCUAUGGUUCGAAUAUUAGUACGGCCCCGUUGCUGAUUGUUUAUUGGAUUACAUCCUUGUUUGUUUUGUAAGGUAGGCUUUUUUCAUAAAUAAUUUAUUAGCAAUUUUUCAAGCAGGUAAAAUGUUCCCAAUCAAAAAUUUCAUUUUAGCAGUGGUACAGGGAACCUUAAUGUUUUUUUGUGUGAAGUGAAUCAUUGUACAUGUGCUUGUGUAUAGUGUCUACUUAUAUAUUGUCAUAGCAUAUGAGUUAUUUUUAAUGAAUAUAAGGUUGUAUAUAACAUUAGUCUUGUUAUACUGUUAAACGUCUGUGAUACAAUUGAUUUAUUGUUGAUAUUAAUGUUAAUACGUCUGUAUUUUGUUAGAGACAAAAUCGACAUUUACAUUUUCUUACACAAUGGAAUUCAUUUAUCUCGAUAUUUCGUUGUCUGAUAUAUUUUCACAUUUAAACAAGCCUUCGUCAAAUUUGUGCCUAAAUGAUUUCGGCAGCCGGUAGGCAGUGGGUUUUCCAGACCAUAUGAAGGAUAUUCCUUUGUAAAUAUUCAACGUUUCGCUUGUUAAGGAUUGCUUUGCAAUUGAACUUUCUUUUCAGGAUCUUAAUCAGUCCAUUCGUUUGUUAUCUAUCAUAACUUCUUCCGAAAGAAUGUACUAUAAAAGUUAUUUUUGUACAAUUUUAACAAAAAAAUUGGAGCCUCGGAAUGGCAGACACUUUUGUUCCCAGUAAAGAAUGCUGAGUCGAGGGGCAGAAGGAAUACUUGAAUAAGUCGUGUUGUUAAUAAAAUGGCCAUUCCUGUCUUCUUAAAAAUCGACUGGAAAAUAAAACAACUUCAAAAUAGUGUUGGCUGAUUUAGGAUAUCCUUUUUAUAUUUGCAUCCUUAUAAAAAGAAAUCAUCUACCUUUUGUAAUUUUAAACAGUCUCAUUAAAGGAGCUUGGCCAUUUUGGAACAGUAAACCGUGUAGCUUUCUGAUAAAUAUAUAAAACUGGGUAUCUGGGUACAAACUAAACAUAGUCAAACCUUUGAAACGAUAUACUAAACAUAAUAUAUAAAUCGAUGUAGAUAAUUAGGGGUUUACCAAAUUUGAAAUCUUUGUUGGGCAGUCUUUAAGUAUUGACAAAUUAUUUCGCAAGGUUCAUAACAAUGCGUUAUUAAACACAAGCAAACUGCGUAAUAUUGUAAAGUUGUCUCCUAAAAUCGUACGUCUUGCUCACGUCUUUAGGAAGUGAGUUAACGUAUUCGGAGCAUAGAAAUUCUUCGUGAUUUUCAAUUCGUUAACAUUAUAACGUUUAUUUGACGCGUUAUAAGUGACUUGUUGAAAUGUGCGAUAGCGUCAACACAAAGGGGAAAAUCUAACAGUAGAGUCUGCUCAUCUAUUCACGAAUUCUCGCUGAGCAAGAUAGUAAUAAACGUUUAAAUAAAACCUUUUUCUACUUGCAAUAUUUUAGAUAUAACAUGUUCUAAAAUAUAAUUAUGGCUAUAAGACUUAUUUUUAAAUUGUAACGCUGUUCAUGAUUGUACAGGAUUUAUUUUUAAAAAAUGUGUUUGUUACAACUAUUCAUU